CUUCCUUAAACCAAACCCAAACACAAAAACAAAAACCUCUUCCUCUGUUUUUUUUUCUCUUCAUUAAUUCUUCAAACUUAUUUUCUUUCCUUUUGAACUAUGAUGGUUGAUUCCACAAUGAUUCAAAAGAUGAGAAUGGAAGAACAGAUAGCUAUACAAGAAGCUGCUUCUGCUGGGUUGAAAAGCAUGGAGCAUCUAAUUCGUGUUAUCGCUUCUCAAAUCCCUUCUUCUUCGUCUUCAUCUUCAUCUUCUUCAAAUCACCGUAACAAACUCGAUCUGGUGAAUAAUCUUGACUGCACAGAAAUAACUGAUUUCACUGUCUCGAAGUUCAAACAGGUUAUUAACUUGUUAAAUCGUACUGGUCACGCUCGAUUUCGUCGCGCACCUUCUUCAAAACCUCAACUUCAACCAGAGAAAUUAAACCCUCAAACACAGUCAACGAAUCUUGAUUUUGCAAAGCCAAAUCAAGUAGUUAGGUCAAAUCCAAAUCCCAAACCUAAAUCUACAGAUUUAUCUGUUUCUCAAUUCUCUAAAUCGAAGGAAACCUAUAGCGUCUCCACCACCACUUCUUCCUUCCUCUCCACCAUCACCGGAGACGGAAGCGUUUCCGACGGUAAAAUAGGACCUAUUAUUUCCUCCGGUAAGCCUCCACUCGCUUCAACUCACCGGAAAAGGUGUCACGAUGCAAUUUCUUCCGGUAAAGUAUCGUCCUCCGGCCAGUGUCAUUGCUCCAAGAGAAGGAAAUCGCGUGUGAAAAGAACAAUUCGAGUGCCGGCGAUAAGUUCAAGAGUCGCUGAUAUUCCAGCAGAUGAAUUUUCAUGGAGAAAAUACGGUCAAAAGCCAAUCAAAGGUUCACCGUAUCCACGUGGUUACUAUAGAUGCAGUAGCGUGAAAGAUUGUCCGGCGAGAAAGCAUGUAGAAAGGGCACAAGACGAUCCCAAUAUGCUUGUUGUAACCUACGACGGAGAGCAUCAACACCCGCAAACCGGCGGAACCAGCGGCGGCUUCACAUCUCAGCCUAAUUAAGCGGCGCUGCCGAUUGAAAAAUUGAUAGAAGCCUUCAGCGCUGAGAACCGUUAUUUAACGGUGACAGUAACGGAAAAAGGAACGGAGAUUCCGAUGGAGAGAAAGAGAAACAAAGUCAACGUUUGCUUGUGGGUUUCUGUUGUGACUUUUGUGGACCGAAAAGAAAGAGUCAUGUGCGUUGAUAAGGACUUUUGUGUAAAUUCGGCAAAGGAAUUUUAUUACUUAUGAAAUGAAAUAUAUAUACACAAGUUUUAUUUAUUUACUUUACUUGGCAAAGACAAAUGGGCAAUGACGUGAAAUUGGUUAGACUUUGGGCCACUUUACUAUUGUUUGAAUUUUAUUUAUUCUUGAAUUAUAUAUUCGGUCGGAGAUCUAACCUAAUCCAAGUUGAAAGUAAAGGAUAGAUUCCAUGUGCACGAGUUGAAAAGAAAGAGUGCCAAUGGAAGAAAAGUCAAAGGUUUGAGUGGAAGGAGAGGCUCGAGUAUAGACACAUUGAGUAUUGAAGUGUGGAAUGGGGUCCUCCAAGUAGGUCCCCCUCAUGCUGAUUCUAAUAUUUCUCAUUUAAUGUAUCCAAGGAUUUGAAUUCCA